AUGGGCAUCCCCGAGAAGAUUGAAACUCGGCUCUUCAUAAAUGGCGAAACUUCUGCGCUCGAAUUGAUACAAACUGAUGCUGGCACAGUUCACGAGGCGUCCGAGGAAGACACAGACAAGGCUGUAGCUGCUGCGAAAGCUGCGUUCCCAGCAUGGUCUGCAUUAUCACCAGACAAGCGUGCUCAAUACUUCAAGAAGCUUGCAAAUUUGAUUCGCGAGAAUAAUAACGAGCUCGGUGCACUGGAAGCCAUCUCGAUGGGCAAGCCGCUUGGAGCUUUCUUCGAUGCUUACGCAUGCGCCGCUAAGUGGGAGCGUUACGCCGAAGCAGGCUUCAACGUGCAGGGCACUACCAGCGUUCAAACCCCAGGCUACCUCAACAUGACUUUGAGGCAGCCGUAUGGCGUAGUUGCCGCCAUUAUACCAUGGAAUGUCCCGCUGCUCUUUCUGGCAAGUAAACUGGCGCCAGCUUUGAUUGUCGGAAACACUGUGGUGCUGAAGAGUUCCGAGAAGGCACCAUUAACGUCAGCCAAGAUAGCCGUCUUGGUUAAAGAAGCCGGCUUCCCUCCUGGCGUUGUCAAUAUCAUCACUGGGUUUGGGAACGUCAGCGGUUCCAUUCUCAGUCAUCAUAUGGAUGUGCGAGCUUUAUCGUUUACUGGCUCAGGCCGAACCGGACGGCUCAUCCAAGCUGCUGCAGCGAAGUCAAACCUAAAGCAAGUUUUCCUUGAGCUUGGUGGUAAAUCACCGGCAGUGGUUUUCGACGAUGCCGACGUCGAGCAAGCGGUCAAGGAGACUGCAUAUUCAAUUCAAACCAAUUCGGGGCAGGUGUGCAUGGCGAACUCGCGCGUGUAUGUACAAGACACCAUCUCCGACAAGUUCAUUGCACUUUUCAAACAGCAUUUCGAAAAUGAAGUCAAAACAGGAGAUCCGCUCGAGAAGUCGACGAACCACGGACCACAAGCAGACGAAAUUCAGCACAAAACAGUCCUGCAGUACCUCGAAUCAGGGAAGCAAUCUGGCGGUGAACUCUUAAUUGGUGGUGCUGCUCCUUCGGAUCGCGAAGGUUAUUAUAUUCAGCCGACAAUCUUUAAAAACACGCCCGAAGACGCGAAGAUCAUGAAGGAGGAGAUUUUCGGACCAGUGGUCAAUAUCAAUGUCUUCAAGGACGAAGAUGAGGUCCUUGCGAAAGCAAACAACACAGAAUAUGGACUAUACGCGUCAGUCUACACAAAGAACAUUGACCGCGCGUUGAGAUUCGCCAAGGGCCUCGAAGCUGUAAGCCAACUCUAUGCAUGA